CCUCAAGACCCCCUCACGACCUCACAGGGCUCUAGAGUGACAUGGCUGAAGCGCACCAGGCCGUGGGCUUCCGAUCCUCGCUGACCUCGGAUGGGGCGGAAGUGGAGCUCAGUGCCCCUGUGUUGCAGGAGAUCUACCUCUCUGGCCUGCGCUCUUGGAAAAGGCAUCUCUUACGUUUCUGGAAUGACUUUCUCACUGGUGUGUUCCCUGCCAGCCCCCUCAGCUGGCUCUUCCUCUUCAGCACAAUCCAGCUCUCCUGGUUCCUCCAGCUGGAUCCUUCUUUAGGACUGAUGGAGAAGAUCAAAGAGUUGCUGCCAGACUGGGGUGCACAGCACCACGGGCUCCGAGGCGUCCUGGCAGCCGCUCUGUUUGCCUCGUGUUUGUGGGGAGCCCUGAUCUUCACGCUUCACGUGGCCCUGAGACUGCUCCUGUCCUACCACGGCUGGCUUCUUGAACCCCACGGAGCCAUGUCGUCACCCACCAAGACCUGGCUGGCCCUGGUCCGCAUCUUCUCUGGCCGCCACCCGAUGCUCUUCAGUUACCAGCGCUCCCUGCCGCGCCAGCCAGUGCCUUCGGUGCAGGACACCGUGCGCAAGUACUUGGAGUCUGUCCGGCCCGUCCUCUCCGACGAGGACUUCGACUGGACGGUGGUCCUGGCGCAGGAAUUCCUGAGGCUGCAGGCGUCGCUGCUGCAGUGGUACCUGCGGCUCAAGUCCUGGUGGGCGUCCAAUUACGUCAGUGACUGGUGGGAGGAGUUUGUGUACCUGCGCUCCCGCAACCCGCUCAUGGUGAACAGCAACUAUUACAUGAUGGACUUCCUGUACGUCACGCCCACGCCUCUGCAGGCAGCUCGAGCUGGAAAUGCAGUCCAUGCCCUCCUCCUGUACCGCCACCGCCUCAACCGCCAGGAGAUCCCCCCGGUGAGCUGGACAGAGGUGUGUGUGGUCCUGUGGCGUUGGGGCCACCUGGGGCCUGGAAGGCAGCUCACAGCCCCGCAUCUCCUGCAGACUUUGCUGAUGGGAAUGCGCCCCUUAUGCUCUGCGCAGUACGAGAAGAUAUUCAACACCACGCGGGUUCCAGGGGUCCAAAAAGACUACAUCCGCCACCUCUGUGACAGCCGACACGUGGCUGUCUUCCACCGGGGCAGAUUUUUCUGCGUGGGGACCCACUCCCCAAAUGGCCUGCUUUCCCCGAGGGCCCUGGAGCAGCAGUUUCAGCGAAUCCUGGAUGACCCCUCGCCCGCCUGCCCCCACGAGGAACACCUGGCUGCCCUGACCGCUGCUCCCAGGGGCAUGUGGGCCGAGGUGCGGAGGUCCCUGAAGACUCAGGCAGCAGAGGCCCUGGAGGCGGUGGAAGGGGCCGCUUUCUUUGUGUCACUUGACUCUGAGCCUGCAGGGCUCACCAGGGAGGACCCAGCAGCUUCGUUGGAUGCCUACGCCCAUGCCCUGCUGGCCGGCCGCGGCCAUGACCGCUGGUUUGACAAAUCCUUCACCCUAAUCGUCUUCUCCAACGGGAAGCUGGGCCUCAGUGUGGAGCACUCGUGGGCUGACUGCCCCAUCUCAGGACACAUGUGGGAGUUCACGCUGGCCACAGAGUGCUUUCAGCUGGGCUACUCGGCAGAUGGCCACUGCAAGGGGCAUCCCGACCCCACGCUCCCCCAGCCCCGGCGGCUGCAGUGGGACCUUCCGGACCAGAUCCACCCGUCUAUCUCUCUAGCCCUGAGGGGAGCCAAGGCCUUGUCUGCAAACGUUGACUGCCACGUCUUCCCCUUCUCCCACUUUGGCAAGAGCUUCAUCAGACGCUGUCACCUGUCCUCAGACAGCUUCAUCCAGAUCGCCUUGCAGCUGGCCCACUUCCGGGACAGGGGUCACUUCUGCCUGACUUACGAGUCAGCCAUGAGUCGCCUGUUCCUGGAAGGCCGGACGGAGACGGUGCGGUCUUGCACGAGGGAGGCCUGCAGCUUCGUGAGAGCCAUGGAGGACAGAGAGAAGACAGACCCGCAGUGCCUUGCCCUGUUCCGUGUGGCGGUGGACAAGCACCAGGCUCUGCUGAAGGCGGCGAUGAGCGGGCAGGGGGUUGACCGCCACCUCUUCGCGCUCUACAUCGUGUCGAGAUUCCUCCACCUGCAGUCGCCCUUCCUGGCCCAGGUUUACUCGGAGCAGUGGCAACUGUCCACCAGCCAGAUCCCUGUUCAGCAAAUGCACCUGUUCGACGUCCACAAUUACCCGGACUAUGUUUCCUCGGGUGGUGGAUUCGGGCCUGCCGAUGACCAUGGUUAUGGCGUUUCUUAUAUCUUCAUGGGGGAUGAUAAGAUCACCUUCCACAUCUCCAGCAAAAAAUCAAGCACAAAAACGGACUCCCACAGGCUGGGGCAGCACAUCGAGGACGCACUACUGGAUGUGGCCUCUCUGUUCCAGAUGGGGCAGCAUCUUAAGCGCCGGUUCCGAGGGUUAGGGGAGGAGGACUCGAGGCACAGGUGUGGAUUGCCCUCCAGCUAGACUGGGGGCUUCAAGGCAUCCGUGACAUCCUCCAACUGCUGACCCUUUCCAGCAGGGAGCCGGUCUCCCUCGGGGACGAGGGCGAAGAUCCCCGCAGCUGUUCUAGCGCAAGACAGGGGCAGCCUGUUUGGCAACCCCACAUCGGGGCCAAUAAAGACAUGUGAGCUGGG